AUGGCUAAUAAAUCUGUCCUCCGGUUUCCGCAAGACGCGGCGCCUCUGGCGGCGAUCGGAGCGGCGGCUAUUGCUAAGAUCGAGAUCGAUGCCGCCGUCGACGCGAGCCUGUCUGGAAGCACCCCGCCCGUGCUGUACCUCCCCUCGGGCGAAGAGCUACGGGGGGCCGGCACCAUCCUCCGCUAUUUCGGCCGCGUCGCGCAGCGGGAGGGCUUCUACGGCGGCUCAGAUCCAAUCGCCGCGUGCCAGGUGGACGAGGUGGUCGAUUAUGCACCAACUCUGGGCAUCGGCUCCGAGUUUGAGCGUGUGUGCGCGUACCUCAACAGCUACCUCGCCGCGCGCACCUUCUUUGUCUCCUAUGACCUCUCCAUCGCUGAUGUCGCCAUCUAUGCUGGCCUCUUUGCCACAGGGCAGCGGUGGGACAGCAUACGCCGGUCGCCCACAGCCAAGUACCCGAACCUCAUCCGCUGGUUCAACACCGUCUCCGCCGAAGCUCCCGACCUCGCCCCGAGCCUGCUGCCCUUCAGCAGGAAGGCCGCCCAAGCCUUAGCCUCGGCAGCCAAGAAGGGGCCAGGCACGGGCGAGGAAGCAGGCAAGGGCGGCGGCAAGGGGAAGGAGGAGAAGGGAGAUGGCGGUGGGGGGGCGGCAGGGGGGGCAGGCGGAAGCACAGGGGGAGGGGGAGGGGGGGGAGACCAGCCAGCGGAGCUGGAGCUUCCAGGGGCGGUUUACGGGCAGGUGGUAACCCGGUUUCCGCCUGAGCCCAGCGGGUUUAUGCACAUUGGGCACGCGAAGGCGGCGCUGAUGAACCAGUUCUUUGCGGAGAAGUACGGCGGGAAGAUGCUGGUGCGGUUUGACGACACGAACCCCAGCAAGGAGAAGGACGAAUUCGUGGAGAGCAUUCUGGCGGAUAUGGCGAGGUUGGGCCUCACGUGGGACACGAUCACCCACACGUCUGAUUACUUCGAUGGGCUCAUUGCCAUGUGUGAGAAGCUGAUCCGCGAGGGCAAGGCGUACGUGGACAGCACGCCCAAGGAGCAGAUGAGGGAGGAGCGCAUGGUGGGCACCGAGUCCGCGUGCCGGGGGCACAGCAUAGAGCGCAACCUGGAGCUGUGGGCGGAGAUGCUGAAAGGCAGCGAUGUGGGCAAGGAGUGCUGCGUCCGUGCCAAGUGGGACAUGCAGGCAGUGAACAAGACCCUGCGCGACCCUGUGUACUUCAGAGUGGAUGCAUCCGGCCUGCCCCAUCUGCGCACGGGCACCAAGUACAAGGCGUACCCCACGUACGACUUUGCGUGCCCAUACGUGGACAGCAUAGAGGGCGUCACCCACGCGCUGCGCUCCUCCGAGUACCACGACCGCAACGAGCAGUACUACCGCGUGCUGGAGGACAUGGGGUUGCGGCGAGUGGAGGUGUGGGACUUCUCGCGUCUCAACUUCGUGUACACGCUGCUGUCCAAGCGCAAGCUCGCGUGGUUCGUGGACAACGGCCGUGUCACCGGGUGGGACGACCCGCGCUUUCCCACCGUGCAGGGCAUGCUCAGACGCGGGCUCACCGUGCCUGCUCUCAAGCAAUUCAUUCUCUCACAGGUAUCCAUAAAGUGGGUAGGGUGGGCUUAG